CAGAAAAUCCAAAGAAAUUUAUUUUCACGCGCACACACACACUACCAAACCUCAACUUCCCACAACACACCACACGACACCGUUCCCCUUCCGGUUGUCUCUUCCCACGACCUGCAUAGGGCUUCGUUCCCCCUCUCUCCCUCUCUCUCUACUCUUCCUCUCUCUAAACCAUCAUCGGAUCUGAGUUCCCCAAGUAAAAGCCCGCAUAGUUGAUCAUCAUAUUGUCCGAUCUCCCUCAAUUCGCAUCACUUCUCAUCUUCUCCUCUCUCUAAAACCACUGGAAACACCAUUAAUAGAUCAAACUGAAACUCUAAUAUAUAUACAUACAUAUAUAUAUAUAUAUAUAUACACGCACUUUUAUAGAUAGAGGAACAACGACAUUAGAUAAGACUUUUGAAGGGGCAUUUUCAUUUCAGAUGGGAAUGCCCAAACGAUGAGCAAAGCCGGCGACGAAGAAGACGAAGACGAGUGUUUUUACGAGUCUCUCGAUCGCAUUCUAUCAUCAACCUCUUCUUGUUCUUCUUCCUCGGCCGAGGACGACGACGAAAAAGAUCCAAAUUUUAAUUCGGAUUCGCCUAAUUAUGCACCCAGCCCUCCAUUGCCAAUCCCUAGAUUUCCAAUGGGCGUUUCCAAUAACUAUGAUGUCUGGAUCUCCGAACCCUCCUCCGUCGAAGAACGCCGAAUGCGACUCCUCCGACAGAUGGGCCUCAGUUGGGACCCUUCUCUCUCCCGCCAAAGACACUCUCUGUCAUCCGGUGGUGCCGACGACGGCGGCAUCGCCACGUGCCGCGGAGACUUUGGUAGAUCGGUGUCGUCGGAUCACUUGAACCGCAGUCAACAACGGGGUGAGGUUUCUUGCAAUAAUUCAAACCCUGGUAUUGUCAGAUCGAAAUCGGAUGGUGCCACGGAUCAUCACAGCAAGGACUCUCCACAUAAUCAGUGUAAUUCUAAUUCAACCAUUUGUUCUCCUCAAAUUCUUUCAAUUGAUUCUGUUUCACUUUCGGCUAAUGAAACCACCGCCACCGGCCAAUUUGUAAAUAACCAUAAUAUUGUUGUCGUUAAAUCGCGAAGUGGCAAUGGAUCACCGAUCACUAAUGCUGCUUCGCCAAAUAAGCCGCCUAAGGGGAAAAAUUGUAGGCGGGUAGAAGAGAGUAGAAGUGAUACCACGAGUCCGAACAUGAAUGUUAAUAGUAAUUCCUUGCCCGUUUUGGGGAAUGCCAAUGGUGGGGAAUUUGAUGAUGAUUCGGGUUGUAAUGGGAUUGUUAGGGUCAGUGAUCCAGCAGUAUGCACAAUCAAGAAUCUUGAUAAUGGAGAGGAGUUUGUGGUGAAUGAGGUUAGAGAGGAUGGUACGUGGAACAAGCUUAAGGAAGUGGGAACUGGAAGGCAGAUGACCAUGGAGGAGUUUGAGAUGUCUGUUGGGCAUUCACCAAUUGUUCAAGAAUUAAUGAGGAGGCAGAGUGCAGAGGAUGGUAACAAGGAUAAUGGAGAUUCCAAUUUGAAUGGCAGCGGUGGGAGUGGAUCGAAAUUGAAGAAGAAAGGGAGUUGGUUGAAGAGCAUAAGGAUUGUAGCAAGUACUAUGACAGGCAGUAAAGAGAGAAGAAGCAGUGAUGAAAGGGAUACCUCAUCAGAGAAGGGCGGGCGGAGAUCGAGCUCUGCGACAGAUGAUAGCCAAGACGUUUCGUUUCAUGGACCAGAAAGAGUUCGGGUUAAGCAGUAUGGCAAGUCGUGUAAAGACCUCACCGCACUUUACAAGAGCCAGGAAAUUCAGGCUCACAAUGGUUCUAUUUGGACUAUUAAGUUUAGUUUGGAUGGUAAGUAUCUUGCGAGUGCAGGUGAGGACUGUGUCAUUCACGUGUGGCAAGUCAUGGAAUCAGAGAGGAAGUGUGAUCUGUUCAUCGAUAAACUGGAAGAUGGAAAUUUGAACAUUUUAUUUUUGGCCAAUGGAUCACCAGAACCAACUUCAUUGUCCCCAAAUAUGGACAGCCAUUCAGAGAAGAAGAGAAGGGGAAGGUCAUCCAUAAGCCGGAAAUCAGUGAGCUUGGACAAUGUCGUAGUUCCAGAGACUUUGUUUGCACUUUCAGAAAAACCUAUAUGUUCUUUCCAAGGACAUCUCGAUGAUGUGCUUGACCUGUCGUGGUCGAAGUCUCAGCAUCUACUUUCAUCUUCAAUGGACAAAACUGUUCGGCUAUGGCACUUGUCUAGCAAGUCUUGUUUGAAGAUUUUUUCGCACAGUGAUUAUGUAACUUGCAUCCAGUUUAAUCCUGUUGAUGAUAAAUACUUCAUCAGCGGAUCUCUUGAUGCUAAGGUUCGCAUAUGGAGCAUUCCUGAUCGUCAAGUUGUUGAUUGGAAUGAUCUGCAUGAGAUGGUCACUGCAGCUUGCUAUACACCAGAUGGUCAGGGUGCAUUAGUUGGUACAUACAAGGGGAGUUGCCGUUCGUACAACACAUCUGAAAAUAAAUUGCAGCAAAAAUGUCAAAUCAAUCUGCAAAACAAGAAAAAGAAAUCCCAUCACAAGAAAAUUACUGGUUUCCAGUUUGCAGCUGGAAGUUCAUCAGAAGUGCUUAUCACAUCUGCAGAUUCACGUAUUCGGGUCAUUGAUGGUGUUGAUCUGGUUCACAAGUUUAAAGGGUUUCGCAACGCAAACAGCCAAAUCUCAGCCUCCCUCGCAGCAAAUGGAAAAUAUGUGGUCUGUGCCAGUGAGGAUUCUUAUGUUUAUGUUUGGAAACAUGAAGGUGAUUCCCGACUUAGCAGAAGCAAGGGCAUUACAGUUACACGGUCAUAUGAACAUUUUCAUUCUAAAGAUGUAUCAGUGGCCAUCCCUUGGCCUGGUAUGUGUGAUACGUGGGAAUUCCAAGGUACUUGUUCUGGAGAACAGAAUGGGAUUGGGGAUCAUUUAGAUGAGGUCUCUACCGCUAAUCAUCCUCCCACACCCGUUGAAGAGACAAAUGGUAGUGAGAGUUCAACAUUGGCAUCUGGAUGCGCCAGCAGUCCACUUCAUGGAACAAUUUCUAGUGCGACCAACAGUUACUUCUUUGAUAGAAUCUCAGCAACAUGGCCGGAGGAAAAACUUGUCUUGGCUACCAAGAACCGUAGUCCUCGUACCAGUGUGGACUUCACCAAUGGGGUAAACCAAAGUAGGUCAGCCUGGGGUAUGGUGAUUGUAACUGCUGGGCUUCGAGGAGAAAUCAGGACUUUCCAGAAUUUUGGAUUGCCGGUAAGGAUUUAAGGGGACAAAGAAAUUCGGAGAACCUCGAGCAUGUUGAUUAGCACUACUGCACUAUACUUCUUUACCCCCCAGGUUGGCAUAAUUUGUACAGGGAUAUUUGUUGAGAUGUGUAAUAUUAGCGAGUUUCAUUUCUUGCUUUCUUGCACUUGUGCUUGUCGGAUUUGGGACAAAGAUGUAGAGCCAGUCCGAUUAGGCAGAGAAAAAAAAAAUAGAUUUAUCAGGAAAAGAAAAAGAAAAAAAUAUACACCUUUGAGAUUAGAAACCGAUGGGAUUUCUUCAAUCGGGAAUUGUAGAGUUAUGAGCAUUGGCCAAAGUUUAUUGAAUUUAAACAGAAUUCUGUUUUCAUCA